AAUUAUCUCAGAUAGCUUUUUUAACAAAUUUUGUUCCCAUGAGAUCUCAAAAAUUAUAAGUGAUUAAAACACGAAACUUUCAUGGAUGAUAGACAUUGGAAUGAAGAUGUGUUCAACAGCUUCAUUUUGUCGACCGUUACUUCUGGUCCUCACUGGAAGAGUUCAAAUAAAUCAAAUUGUUAAUGAGUUUAACUGCUAUUCUUUGACAUUUUUAUUUAGCUUGGCAAAUUUAAAGUAAAUACUAACUUUCUUUUCAUUGAGCACUUCCGUUUUUCCAUUUCCUGUCCCGUGACAAAAAAAACUCUUGUUUCCAUGAGAUCUCAAAAACGGUACAGACUUAAACAAUCAGACUUUAGAAAGCAUUUUAUUGUUUACAUUAACAUCUUUCUUUUAACUAAUUAAUAAGUUGAAUUUAAAAAGUAAAUAAAAUCCACUUAAUAACUGUUAAUGUGCGUAAUUAAGUACGUUAGCUAAAAGAAACAGCCAAAUCGUCUCCUGGGAUACUCUGAGUCUGACAUAAUCAUGAUUAUUUCGUGCAGUCCAUGAUUUUUCUUAGGUCGCUGUAGGUUUAAUUUUGACCAUAAACAAGGUGUGCCAAUUUCAGUCCUGUUAGUUUCUUGUCAGUUUCAGCCGCUGUAGAUCGACGAAGAGGGCGUGUAGAUUUCAGUCUGGCUGUUUCUAUAGAGCUAUGAACUAACUAUAAGUUUCCGCAAGAAAUAGAGGGAAUAAUACUUGGAGGAUGUAAAUAUUUAAACAAUAAAAUGCUUUCUUUGGUGGUUCAUGCGGGAUAUGAAGGUGGCGACAUUGCAGAAAAAUACAAUUGUGUAAUUUUUUCUUCAAUGUUCGCAAAUUAAUGUAUUGAUUGUACAAAGUGAGUAAAAUUCAUUAAAAUACUGUUAAAGUACAUCAGUACUUUAGCUAAAAGAAACAGCCAAAUCGCCUAUGGGAGCAGGUAAAAGUGCAUUUUCUUUAUUUGUUAAGCUUGACGCAUGCUUUGUUAAGGUGACAGAAUACAAUUCCUGGAAAAGAGUUUGAAAAUUAAUUUUGUUUGGCUUUACGAACUAUGUAUUUCCAGUACAUGUAGUAACACUUUUUAAAUCAAUUAUUUUUAAUUUAUAUAUUCCGGUGUUUAUAUUUCCUGGAUUUGGCCUAUCAAUUUGCAUGCACUUCGAACUUGAAAUCACUUCAAAUUCUUUAAAAUCGACGGUCGCUUGGCUUAAUACAUGUAUCCACCCAACAAUGGGAUGUUGAAAUGCGGAAGAAUAAUAAGAAUCCAGACUAAAAUGAUUGAUAAAUCUUGUAUAAACGGUUUAAUAUUUUUAAUUUUUACCUAUGGAGUUAACACAGAAUGCCCAAGUUUCCCCAGCUUAAUUUGUUGUCCAGACUCUGUAUGGAACGAUGAACAGAACAGUUGCGUCGGUUGCCCAGCAGGCUCUCAGGGUCCAAACUGUGCUGUAUCUUGUGUUCCUCCUUACUACGGAAAAGAAUGUCAGUUAACAUGUGCUUGCAAAGGAGGUGAAACCUGUCACCCAUCUUUUGGUUGUGUCCUACUGACAACAACAACAACAAUAGAAAUAACAACAAAAAUGUCAACAACUGAAGGUGGUAUCAGGACAACAGAAAUUGACGUUACAAAAUUUGGUUCAAGCGUAACAACCAAAACAGAAAACGUAGCUGUUGGCGUAACCUUACCAACAAGUACGGGAAAUCGGAAGUCCCUUGCAAACAGUGAUUCACAAAAUGACACGGCCACCUUACAAAAGAUCACGCUGAUCGGAAUAUUUGUGCUCUGUGGUUUGUUCAUUGUAUUGUUCGCUGUCUUUGUUGGAACACAGAUUCGAUCGAAAUGUUUCAACAAAAACACACUUAGAACCCAAAGCACCACGGGAGUAAAUUUGAAUUCAUAUGACGUCAUCAAUGCAGACCAGCCCCCGGGGGUAGACGACUUGUCUCAGGUAAACACAAAACCUGGACAGAGAGAUUCCCAUUACACUGAAAUUGAUAAUUAUACUGAACAUAUCCACAUGAAAAACAAUGAUCCACUUCCGUGUCAAUCAAACAUCAACGUUCAUUUACAGGCGGAAGAUGCGAUGACACAGGACAGAACCCUGCCAAAGUACGUUGAGAUUGUUGGAUCCCCCAAGAAUAGUACACAAGACCCUGGGAAUGAGUUUUUAACGAUGAGUGAACGUACUUAUUCCAAGCAGCUGUACCUGUCAGCAGUUUGAGAGAGAGAGAGAGAGAGAGAGAGAGAGAGAGAGAAAGAGAGAGAGAGAGAGAGAGAGAGAGAGAGAGAGAGAGAUAUGCUCGUGUGCAAUACUAUAUCAUAUUUUUUAAUAUGAUGACUGAUAAACGUUCAUCCAUAUUGAUAUCUCAAGGUGUUCCAUAUACCAUCUUAAAAGAUAAAGUUCCUAAAACAAUUUCUAAAGAGCAAACUAUUUUCGUGUAAAGGUUUUUUUUAUACUUGUAUCAUCUCGUGAGUACAUUUUUGGCUUUAUCCACGGUACAUAUUUAUCCGAAAUGUUUCUCAAUAUAGACAAAAAUGAUGCAUUUUCUACUUAACCAACACUCCCUAAAUGAGUGUUUCCUGAUUAGAAGAUAGCUUGAUAAUCCGAAAAGUUUCAAGUGCUUAUUUUAAUUUCCUAUUGACUUUAGGAAUGAAAUUACAUGUAGUUACAAUUUCCUGUUAGAAAAAUAUCACAAUAGACUUUGUCACUAAAAAUGCUAAUCAUUAAUUUCGAUCUAUUUCAAAUAUGAAUCAAAGUACUGAAGUACUGACGGAAGUUGAUUUUAUCGAUUAUCAUUUAUUUUGAAAUCAACUUAUUUUGCAUGGCAAUUAGAUUCUAGUCUGUAUUUGAAUUACGCACUUUUUUAUUAUAUGAAUUUUAGACUUUUUCGACAAGAAUUCCGAGAAUCAUCAUAUGAAUCAUGUUGUGUAAUAUUUAAAGCUAGAUUACAAACUAUGUAUAUUAAGUAAUCUAAGCAAUUCUAAAAAUUUUAUGGAUCCAAGCACUAAUUGAUAUCGAACUCUAGUCUCGUUCAACCAGACGCUCGACUGUCUCCGUUAAUCUCCGACAAGCAAGAGAGCCUUUCUGCUUGUCGGAGAUUUACAGAGACAGCCGAGCGUCUGGUUGAACGAGGCUAUAUUAAACUCUGGCGUAGGAAUACAUGAGAUAUAUCUUAGUUGUUCGUAUUUUAUAAAAUCUGACUAUUUUCAAAGUGUUUAUUGAUAAGUUUCCUUGAAAAACAAUGCUUCAGCAUACAUUAAUUUGAUUUUUUCUAUUAUUUUCAAGAACUAAGUCUUGUCAGCGGUGAUGAUUUGUGCUUAGGUCCAAACACUGUUUCACUUUCGGUUUGCCAGAGUGACUGCAUAGGGGAGUUGAUUAAAAUCAACUCCCAAAAAUUGCUAGAUAGGAAUUGCUCCAUUUUAGAUUUAUUUAUAUUUAUCUAUAUUUAUUUAUAUUUAUAGUUAUCUCAUAAUGAAAUUGUAACGGUAGUCUGUCAAAAUCAGACGGAAAGCAGACUGGAAUGCAACUUUCACCCGAUUUAGUUUGAAUUCAAACACAAAUUUUCAAUUUAUCAAUUUCUAUCUUUGAAAAACAAAAAGUAAGCAUUUUAUGACCUGAUAUUCUUGCAACUUCUGAUCACUUUGACAUUUUGGAAAAUUUUGAAAAUUAUCAUGUCUCUUCUCAGAGAUAACUAUAUAUAUUUUGAAAAUUAUCAUGUCUCUUCUCAGAGAUAAAUAUAUAUAUAUAUAUAUAUAUAUAUAUAUAUAUAUAUAUAUAUAUAUAUAUAUAUAUAUAUAUAUAUAUAUAUAUAUAUAUAUAUCUAUAUCUCCCUCUGUGUAUGUGUGUGUGUGUGUGAAUCCAUUUAUAUACUAGUAUGUCAUACAAUGGCUUUGGGGAAUAAAUGAAUUUCAACUAAAACUCGAAUAUACAAAACCUUAAUCAGACCAGCAUGCAGUGAUAAAUCAAUGCUUACUCUGUAUGGAAGACACCAGACAGUUAAAAGAACACAUCUUUUAACAUUACAAUAAGACAAACAAAACUCUACUGAUGAUUUUCUGUCAGUUUUAUUAAAAUAUUACUCUAUUAUAUGCAAUAAAUGUAUCUGUUUUUCAUUCCAGCAUUUUAACAGAAGAGAAUUCCAUGUUUGUGUAAAAUAUUUUGCAAUAAACUGAGAAUUGAUA